AUGACGACGAGGUACGAAGGCGGCGGCAGAGUCCGGUCAAGUGUUCUGUUCCUUGGCCUUGGCCCAUGGCCCUGCUGGCAAAAGCUCGGGAGCCGAAAGCAGCUCUGGCCGCUUGCCAUUGGAUCGUGGCUUCAACUUCGGCCCCGCCGUUGGCCCCAAUUGGGUUCCGGCGAGGUCCCGAUCAUCGAUUGCCUCUCAUCUCUCGUGUCGCUCGCUCGAUUUUCUCGCCCGUUUCUCCCUCACCGAGUUCCCUGCCCACUGCUAUUCGUUCUGGCCUGGUCUGCUGCAGCUGUGCGAAACAUCAAGGCAGGUAAGGUAGCCAACCGCUUGACCAUCCAUGGUGAAGAUUCACUCAAGGAGAGUCUCCGGCGCUUCUCCCGGCUCAAGUCGUCUGCAUGCUGCCACCCCAUGUCUCCUGCUCCCCAUCAAGCAGAUUCCCCAAAACCUGGGCCCCCGUGGAAGUCCGCAUAUGCCCCAGGGGAAAUUUUCCCCCAAGUUUGGGACAUGGGGCACCCAGGCGGCCAGGCCACCACGCGCGAGACUGACGCUGGCGGCGGCUCACCACCCACUGCACUCGCAGGGCUCUGA